AGCUAUAAGCGGCUUUUUGACAGAAAAUGGCAGAAGCAGCGGGGCCCCGGAGGCUCGUCAGGGCUCCGGCCUGUCUGUGCGUGCUCUGCGGGCUGCCAGCCGCCGGGAAGUCCACCCUGGCCCGCCGGAUAGUCGGAACCGCCGCGGAGCUCGGAUGGAGAGCAGCAGUGGUUCCGUAUGACGACCUGAUCCCUGAGCAGGCGUUUCACACUGAAGUAGACGGCGUCAAACUACAAGAUAUGCACACUAACUGGAAGUCCCACAGACAAGCAGUGCUGCGUAGCAUUGGGCAGUUCGUGGAGAGGUCCGAGGGGGUAACAACGUUACAGAGCAGCUCACUGAUAAACAGCGCAGCUUGGGAACAAUGUACUGAAGCAAUGCUGCAGCCUGAAAUGUUGAUGUCUGAUGGGACUCCGCUUCUCUUUCUACUAGAUGACAACUUCUUCUAUCCGAGCAUGAGAUAUGAAGUGUAUCAACUUGCAAGAAAGUGUUCUCUGGGCUUUUGUCAGGUGUAUCUACAGUGCGAUUUAGAGUCCUGCAUCAGCAGAAACCACAGCCGGUCUAAGCCUAUUCCCACUGAAGUGAUACGGGAGAUGGAGAAGCGUUUGGAGUCUCCAAAUCCACAAAAGAACUUGUGGGAAAUGCAAAGCAUCUCGCUCAACACAUCAGACAGCAGCUCCAAAUGUGACAUCCGGAAAGUGAUGGAGUUGAUCUGUUCAUCUCUAAAUAAUCCUCUGAGCCCGGUGGAAGAGAACACUGAACAACAGGAGGCUGAUCGUCUUACAUGUGCCACGAGUGUGGUCCACCAGGCUGAUCGGGCUUGUCGACGCCUCAUAUCUGAAGCCAUGAAGACUGCCAGAGAUAAUCAUGUUCCUUCUGAGCGCAUGCGGCUCUUGGCUGCUCAGCUGAACGAGUCUAAAGCGACGUUCCUUCACAACCUUCGGAAACAGCUCCUUCAGGAGGUUCCGUUCAUUCAGGAGGACGUCGAUGUGGAGCGGGUGGUGGAACGAGCAGUGGGAAGCAUUUUUGAUGACCAAAAGGAGGACAUUUUGUCAAGAUUUAUAAAUCACAGUGAUUGACUUGAAGGUUUACAAAGCAAAACAUUUAAAAACUUAAAGACUGCAU